ACAGAACAUUGCUUUCAAGUUUCAAUCCUCAUUCACCCUUUUGUCGAUCUCCAUUUUCCACCUAAAAUUCAAGUACAAUACAAUCUUAUUCAUAAAAAUGCAUUUCAAAUAUAUAAACGGAAAAUAAACUUUAUUUGCCGUAGCCGUAUAAUAGAAUUAUUAAUUCAUGAAAGUUCCCUAUGGUCCUAUAUAUAUGGACCAGUAUCAUCAUUCCAGGUUCAUUCAACUCUUCUUCUCCCCCCUGAAAAUAUUUAACCAUAUUUGAAAAAAUGGGUGCCUGCAACACUUUCUCAAACAUGAAAUCACUCAAUCUUGAUUCCAUCAGAGAGAGCUUGAUCAGACAAGAAGACACCAUUAUAUUCUCCCUCAUUGAAAGAUCUCAAUUUCCCAUGAAUUCCCCUGUUUAUACACCUGCCUUAGCCUCCACUCUUCCUUCUUCCAAGUCUCUGCUUCACUUUAUCGUCAACCAAUCAGAAACCAUCCAGUCCCAGGCUGGCAGAUAUGAAAGUCCAGAAGAACAUCCUUUCUUCCCAGAUAAUUUGCCAUCAUCUUUGCUGCCGCAGUACAAUCAUCCCCAGAUUUUGCAUCCUACUGCUGCUGCCAUCAAUAUAAACAAGACUAUCUGGGAUGUGUAUGUCAAGCAACUGCUUCCGCUGUUUACUGCUGAGGGUGAUGAUGGCAACUAUGUGCCAACUGCAACUUCUGAUCUUCAGUGCUUGCAGGCCAUCUCUAGAAGAAUUCACUAUGGAAAGUUUGUUGCUGAGGUCAAAUAUCUUGAUGCCCCGGAAGACUAUGCACCUGCAAUUCGUGCGCAGGACAGAGAUGCUUUGAUGAAACUUUUAACAUUUGAGAGUGUAGAGGAGAUGCUUAAGAGGAGGGUAGAGAAGAAAGCCAAGGUGUUUGCUCAAGAAGUGAGUCUCAAUGUCGUUGAUCAGAAAGAGAAAUACAAGAUUGACCCUUCCCUGCUCCCUCUCUUAUACGGGGAAUGGAUUAUGCCUUUAACUAAACUUGUUGAAGUUGAGUACCUUCUAAAACGACUUGAUUGACUUAUACAUGAGUUCUGAACUGUAGACACCGAGAGGAAUGAUGCAGCUUUCCAUGAGUAAACAUUUCGUCGAUUUAAGCUGAAAGAAAUUACUCCAUAUUGUAACAGCAUGGUUCAGAAUUGCUGAUGCGUUAAAACAUUGCUCUAAACUUGCUGCAGUCUGGCAAAUACUUAGUAUGUAUAAUGUAUAAUGCCAUCCGUUCCACACUUGCUUUUCGAUCACUUGAAUAUAGAUUCUGUUUAUUGCUGCUAUGAAGUAUGGAACAUCAUGGAUUCUUCACUUUCAUUAUAAAAAUGAUUCUGUUUAUUA